CAUUCACUCUUCUUCUACUACUGACUACCUGCUCGCGAUAGUUUUAGAGAAAACUGCUGUGGAAAACUCGGUCAGAAGCUAACAUUAGCAAGUAUCAAGUGAUUCCAUAACAUCACCACAAACGUCUUUUCAAGCCAGAUUGGAGAGGAAGGAGAAGGAAAAAGUAAGGGAGUAAAAAGAGUGAAGCAAGGAGAGUGAAGAAGAGUGAGGUGGAAAGGUGAAGAGAAGGAAAGGAAGACGAGUGAAGAAAAGAGGAGGAGAAAGAUUGGAGGAGAAGAACAAGUUAAGAGAGUAAGAACAAAGGACACAAGGAGAGUGAAGAAGAACAAACAGAGGAGGUACAAUGACUCUUUCCAAGAAACGGAAAUGCACUUUUUAUGAAAAACAUGAUGAGAACAUUUCAAUUUAUACACUCAGGUCAAGACGAUAGAAUUGUUCACUGCACCCUUUGUAAUUCCUCUCUUUCAAUUGGCAGUCGGAGAAGAACGGCAGUGGUAGAACGUCAACAGACAAAAAAGCAUAAAGCCUCUCUGAUUGGCCGUGUUGGUAUGUCCUCUGUCACCACAUUCUUCAAGAAGGUAGAGCCUUCCCAAGGAGAAUAUGGUUUAGCUGUGCAGGAGGGUGUCUUUGCAUACCACAAAAUGUGACGUCACAGUGAGUAACGUGUUAGCACCAUGUGCUAGGACAAAAUGUGAAGCCAUAGUGAGUAACGUAUUAGCACCAUGUGCUAGGACAAAAUGUGACAUCAUAGUGAGUAACAUGUUAGCAACAUGUGCUAGGACAAAAUGUGACACCACAGUGAGUAACGUGUUAGCACCAUGUGCUAGGACAAAAUGUGACGCCACGCGUUAGCACCAUGGGCAACUACUUUGGUAACACAGGACCUAGACCAGGUUGAAUUUGUGUCCCUGUCCAGUGAUGCGUCCAAUCAUGGACAUGUAAAGCUGCUGCCAAUAGUAGUCAGAUAUUGUAAGAUAUAUGAUGGCAGCACAUCUGUGGAAACAAACCUGCUUGAUUUAGUUGAAUUGAAAGGAGAAACAGCAGAGGAAAUUGCAGAUGAGGUCCUGGUGGUCAUCUAAAAAUGUAACCUGGGAAACAUUCCUUGCCGACAACAAAUACCAACUUUGGAGGACUGAAGAGGCUGGGGAGGGUUAAUGUCCAGACCAACGUUAAAAAUGCUCUGCAGCGGGAGGUGAUUGGCUUAGGUUUUCCUGCCCACAUCAUUCAUAACACGGCCAGAACAGCUUUGGAUAUGAUGUUGAGUACCUGCUCACAAAGAUAUUUGGAUAUGUUCAUAUUUUCACUGUCAGAGUAGAAAGACUGAAGAGCUUUUGUGAGUUUGUUGGCCAGGAGUACCAUAACAUUUUAGGACACAGCAAUGUUCGCUGGCUGUCCACAGCUAGAUGUCCACAGCUGGAUGUCCACAGCUGGAUCUGGAUGUCCACAGCUGGAUGUCCACAGCUGGAUGUCCACAGCUGGAUCUGGAUGUCCACAGCUGGAUGUCCACAGCUGGAUGUCCACAGCUGGAUGUCCACAGCUGGAUCUGGAUGUCCACAGCUGGAUGUCCACAGCUGGAUGUCCACAGCUGGAUGUCCACAGCUGGAUCUGGAUGUCCACAGCUGGAUGUCCACAGCUAGAUGUCCACAGCUGGAUGUCCACAGCUGGAUGUCCACAGCUGGAUGUCCACAGCUGGAUGUCCACAGCUAGAUGUCCACAGCUGGAUCUGGAUGUCCACAGCUGGAUGUCCACAGCUGGAUGUCCACAGCUGGAUGUCCACAGCUGGAUGUCCACAGCUGGAUGUCCACAGCUGGAUGUCCACAGCUGGAUGUCCACAGCUGGAUCUGGAUGUCCACAGCUGGAUGUCCACAGCUGGAUGUCCACAGCUGGAUGUGCACAGCUGGAUGUCCACAGCUGGAUGUCCAUGCUCCCUGCUCUAGAAAGAGUGCUGAAAAAGUAUGUGCCAUUGAAAUCCUUUUUUCUUCCUGAAGACAAAUGUCCUGUUGUCCUGCGAACAAUGUGCGAAGAUCCACUGACUGAACUUUGGCUGGACUUUGUCCAUGGAAACCUGACCGUAUUCAGUGACACAAUCGAGAUGCUUGAAGGCCAGGACCGCUGUGCUGUGGAGUCCGCUGCAAUUCUGAGAAAUGUUGAGGCAAAAUUGACUGCAAGACGUGAUGACAACUUCAUUCCAGUUUUGGUCAGAGGACUUCUGAGAGAGCUAGAGGAAAAUGGAGCCAUGUCUAAAGAGAAGCUUUCUCAAAAACAUCCCAAUCAUUCUUCACUAUGGCUGUGAACUACUUGCAAGCAUGGGGAAAGCACACAGAUAAUCUAAAAGAUGUACAUUGUCUCCUUUUAAAAAGGCAACCUCUGCGUGAAGAGAUCCAGAAGGCAGUAGCCACACUGCAGAACAAAUGCCCCAAUGUGACCAUCAAUGAGGAUGGCAUUGUGUGACGAGGUUACUGGCCUGCAAGAGUUCCUAAAGGGGGGGGAUCGCUUCAUGAAUGGAAAACAUCUGAGACACCGUUUAGUCAGAGAUGGAGCACGGUGGUUACCCACUUCAAAGAGAACGACAUCCCACUAACCUGGCUAGAUUAGCGUCUGUUGUCGUGUGUUUACCUGGAAGUAAUGCACCAGUCGAAUGUUCUCCCAAAUGAAUGAUCUAUGGACAGCAGCAAGAAAUAGGUUCACUGUUCCUGCCAUCAAGGCCAUGCUUAUUGUGAAGAAAAACUUCAACCUGCCAGGAGUUCAUGGAGAAGCUGGCCAAAGACAGAGCAAUCCUGAAGAAGAUACAUUCUUCUGAGAAAUAUACUGAUUAGGUUGGUAUAAGUAUAGUAUGGAGUUACCAAUCUCAUCAUCGUCUUAUUUCUUUAUUAUGUUGUUAAGUAUUUCACAUAGACUAUUGUCUGUUUUUCUAGUUUUUCUCAUGUUCUCUUCUGCUCGUAUUCUACCCAGACUACCAGGACCACUGAAUGCCUGUUCAGAUCGGACAGUUCUGUCUCGUCUGUAGUGUUUCUGUAAUAGUUGUUUUCUCUAUCACAGUGUGCCCGUUAGACUAAAUACAAGAAACCGGAACUGUC